AUGAACGAUGAUUAUUCGUGGGAUGAACGAAUCAAUGAUUUUAUAUCCAUUCUCCAUAACAAGAAUGUUAACAAAUCCAUUUCAACAAAAAAGAUAUUCUCAAGCUUGUCUUUAUUAUCAAACCUAGUCAUUUUAUUCUUUUUAGAAAAUGAAGAAAAAUCUAUUACAAAAAAAGAUGAUAUUUUCACUCGAAUCAAAAAUAGGGUGAAAAAUAUUAUUAGUCAAGAAAUCAUUGAUACAGAAAUUGACCAACAAAUCAAAAAUUUACAACCUAUUAAGAAGCUGCUUUUAGAAUAUUUGGUUAUUCAAAAUUGA